AUGUCAUGGUUCAAUGAAGCAUCUGAUGGUGUUUAUGAUGUUAAUAUUCAGGAUAAACAGGCAAAGAUUCUUUCUGGUAUUCAUCCUUAUUUUGGUCCGAGACUAAAAGCAAAUCUCCUACUUUUUUCACCAGUCCGAUAUGCUCUGAGGUGCUUUUGCUGUGAUAUUUCAGGGGGGAAAGUAGUGAAACUUUCUGAAGAGUCAAUUCAUGUCAUUGUUCUAUGUUUUUCAUCUGCAAUCAUAACAGCUCAAAACAUUCGUGGAGAAUUUAAGUAUAAAACUGCUUCUUGCACAUGAGGGAAUCAAUGCUGAGCAGCUUACACGUGAUCCGAAGUCGUUUGAAUUGAAGUCUGCUAUACUUCCACAACAACGUGCUACACAUUGUAGCAUGAAUGAAACAUUCCUGCACUGCGUCAAUCUUUUGUCUGUACAUUUCUUACAAACUCUGUUAAAGAGCAGCAGUUAAUUUAUUUGGUUCUAUACUAAGUAGCACAUUAAGGCUGUUGUUAGAGAGGUUUUACCAUUUUUAACAAAGAACUCACGUUUCUCUCUUUUGUUCUUCAUUUCUUUCUAUUCGCCUCUUCCUCUCCCUUUGUAUGUUUGGUUUUCUCCAUUUUUUCCUUCUUCUCUUUCUCUCUGCCUGUUUGGUUAGUUUCACUAUAGUUUUUUGGUUUCUUCUCUCCGUACAACAUUUACAAUUCCAUGCUGGGAAAUGCAACAUAACCAUGGAGCAUCAUGAGGGCAAGGCAAGAAUUUAUUUUUGCUAGCACCAUAUAAGUUGUCAUCUAUUUUUUAUUUAGUCAUCUGUCUUUUCCUAUCACUGAGUAUUUUGCUAUGUCUGUCUGUGUGCAUAUGGACUGAUAAAAAUCUCGUGAGCAGAAGAAGCAUUGAGAUGAUGCAGUCCUCGUGUGGCAGUUGCCAAUUUUUCAGCUUCCUUAUAGAGCAUGAAUAGUUAUUAAAGCAGAAGAUGGUUGGAACUGUGCAAGUGGUUAAUCUGUAAAACCUGUUUAUUUUUAUGUUUGAGUACACAAGUUAUGCUUUGAUCCUUUAGUUUGUUAUAAUUGCUUUCAAGAUAUUGAGACUUGUGUUUUUACCAUGGUUAUACAUUGUAGAAGGAUGGGAGAGUAAAGUACCAUCUCAUUCUGGUUUUAAGUGGUCAGUUACUUUUGAGGUUGAAUGCUUGGCAUAGGAUCCACACACUGAGUACUCAUUUGUGGUGUGUUCUUCAGCCUUUAACCUAGGGCUAAUGUCUUAGAGAUGAUGCUGCUUUUAUUUGAUUUUUUUCAUUUAGUAUUCUUUGGGAAUUCUUGCAUGAGAUAAGGGUGUUUUCAGAUUUUCAGGUUUUUCCUUAUCAUCUAGAAGCUUUCCCUCCUCCUCCUCUUGGGUUUUAUCGCCCGUUUUAUCUUAUUUUUGUCUCUUUCGUUCUUAUUUUUUCCUUCUCACGUUUCUCUCUUUUGUUCUUUAUUUCUUUCUAUUCGCCUCUUCCUCUCUCUUUGUAUGUUUGGUUUUCUCUGUCUUUGCCUUGUUCUCUUUCUCUCUGCCUGUUUGGUUAGUUUCACUACCCUUUUUUUUGUUUCUUCUCUUUGUACAACAUUUACAAUUCCAUGAUGGAAAAUGCAAUAUAACCAUGGAGCAUCAUGAGGACAAGGCAAGAAUUUAGUUUUGCUAGCACCAUAUAAGUUGUCAUCUAUUUUUUAUUCAGUCAUCUGUCUUUUCCUAUCACUGAGUAUUUUGCUAUGUCUGUCUGUGUGUAUAUGGACUGAUAAAAAUCUCGUGAGCAGAAGAAGCAUUGAGAUGAUGCAGUCCUCAUGUGUGGCACUUGCCAAUUUUUCAUCUGCAUUAUAAAGCAGGAAUAGUUAUUAAAGCAGAAGAUAGUUGAAACUGUGCAAGUGGUUAAUUUGUAAAGCCUGUUUAUUUUUAUGUUUGAGUACACAAUUUAUGCUUUGAUCCUUUAGUUUGUUAUAAUUGCUUUCAAGAUAUUGUGAGACUUUUAUUUUUACCAUGGUUAUACAUUGCAGAAGGAUGCGAGAGUAAAGUACUGUCUCAUUCUGGUUUUAAGUGGUCAGUCACUUUUGAGGUUAAAUGCUUGGCAUAAGAUCCACACACUGAGUACUCAUUUAUGGUGACUCUUGAAGAUGGUACAAUCAGAGGUUACAAUAUUCGAGCUGCCAAAUCUGAUCCAUCUUUUGAGUCGAAACCAAGUUUUACUCUCCAUGCAUAUGACAUGACUGCUUGCACCCUUUCAUAUAAUCCUGCAGCACCAAAUUUGCUUGCCACUGGAUCCGUGGAUAAAAUGGUAAAAUUUUGGGAUUUAUCAAACAUCAACCUUCAUGUGUUGCAUCCAGAAAUCCCAAGGCAGGAGUUGUCUUUUCAAUUUCCUUCUCACAAGAUAAUCCUUUUUUGUUGGCUAUUAGAGGCUCAAAGUGAAAACUGGGAGUUUGGGGUACACUAUCUGAGGCAGGCAUCUCAUAAAAAUUUGGGAACUACAGCUAUCCGAAUAGACCCAAAACAUAAUGUGGAAGUCUAUACUUCCAAGCCUCAAUAGCAAGAGAUCAUGUCUUCACUGUUGAAAGAGCUGCCUUCCAUCUCCACCCUCUUGUCCAUCUAUGCAUCCGUCUCUGCCAUGGUCAUGCUAAUUCGUACAAUAUUUAACGAAAUGAUACCCAAACCAAUGCUAAUUGGAUUGAAAUAUUUAUUUGUUUACCAUUGUACCAUUGCUUUUUCAAACUUGGGGUUGUGUAGAUUGCAGUGAAUGACUGAUUGAAUGCAGGAUUAUCUACUCCAGUCAGGCCAUCUUCAUAAAAGUUAUCUCCUGUCGAAAUCACAAAGUCAGGUUUCCAUCCGACAGUUUUUGAGUCCCAAAGCAGUACCAAAGGAGUUUGGACCACACCCCAGGAUACAGAGGUAUGUAAUUAAGUUUAUAAGUUUACCAGGUGGACUUUGUAGUCCUUGGCCUAGGCUGGUUCAGCAGCAUUCUGAACAUUCCAGAGUUUCCUCCAGGAAAAGGUCCAGAAACCUUUCACGGUGAGGUAAGACACUCCAUGGAUUAUGCUGCCAUGGAUUAUGAACUUGCUGCUAAAUGCAUCAAAGGGAAGCGAAUUGUCAUCGUUGAACUCCAGAAAUCUGCCAAAUGGCUAUGAUUAUUACAGUUCUAUAUGUGUGUAGGUAUUUUUAUUGAAUGUCAACUAUGGUUCACAGUUUUUGUUCAAAACUGUAUAUUUUGUAUGGUUGGACUUAUAUGCAUAUCAUUUUAUGAAGUGUAAAAACUGCUGACUAUUUCUCACAGCUAUAAAAAAUGGUCAAUAUGUUUGAUUUAUUUUUGAUCCAAAGGUGAUGUAAUUUUUUCGCUUCUAAUUAAACUGUUCAGAUUUGUUUGUCAAUUAUAUGGUUCAUUUGCUUUUAUUUGGAUUUUUUGUACUGUAUCCGUUUAUUACUUUUCUUUGUUAUAUUUUUUUCACUUUUAAUCUGCCAUCUAAUGUAUGCAUUUUCUACAUUCAUCCUUCAUGAUCAUCCUGUUGGAAGAAUUUGAAGUCAACACUGUUGUAUUCUUGAAAAUCAGUGUUCAGUCAAUACAUAUUGCAUAUUUUGUUUUACAUAAUUUUUAAUGGUGUGUUUAUGUGCUGUAGAAAUAAAUGAAAGUAUGAAAAACCCUGUCUUAUAGAAAGUAUGAGAACUCCCUUAAACAUAUGCCUGAACAUUUUCUACUCUUUUGAGUGACAGGGCAACUAUAUAGUUGAUGUUCAAUUUAUGGAUUAUUAUCUUCUGUUAUCCUUAUGAUAUUAUUGCAUAUCACUGUUUACAAAUACCUGAAAAUAUUUGUUAUUGAUUAUUAGGAAAUUAGUGUACUUUUUCUAUUGCAAUGCUGUCUAUACAUAAAUGAACCUCUUUUGACAAGUUAUAGAAACGGAUACCACUUAUAUUUUUUUGUUACACGUUUGCAGUCUGCUAUAUUUCCACAACAACGUGCUACGCAUGAAUGAAAUGUUCCUGCACUGCGGCGAUCUUUUGUCUGUACAUUUCUUACACACUCCCUUAAAGAGCAGCACUUGAUUUUUUUGGUUCUAUACUAUGUAGCACAUUAAGGCUGUUAUUAGACAGGUUUCACCUUUUCUAGCAAAGAACUUACAUUUUUAGUCAAUCAACAAUAUUUUUGUAUAUUGUAUAAAAUUUGUCUAUUUUGUAAUGAAUACUAUUUUUGUACA